AUGAAAAUCCCGAGCGCAAUCCUUGCUACCGUCGCCCUCUUGGUCGCCUCCGUCUCUGCCCAACAAGAAUCUCUCGACGUCACCACUCAGCCCGUCGACGCCACCACUGUAAGCGAACAAGGUUCAGUCGAGCCCACAAUGGCCGAACCAAUCGGAUUCAUCAACACCGGCAAGGGCCGCCUCCUCCCCUUCACCAGCUCCGAAUUUGAAGCCAUCGAGCGCGGCGAGUGGCCCCAAUCCCUCCCAGCAUCCGAGAUGCCCGAAACGACCGACGAAAAGUUCAAGGCGAGUGGUCUCUCAGGCGAGGAAAUCCAGGGUAUCUUGGACCACCACAACUACUACCGUUCCCUCCAUGGUGCCCCCGCACUGUCUUGGAACUGGGAAGCUGCCAAUUUUGGUGAGAACUGGCUUCAGUACUGCGCGUUCCAGCAUAGUCGUGGCAAGUUUGGAGAGAACCUUGCGGCGGGUUACAGUGAUUUCCCUGCUGCUAUCACAGGUUGGUAUGAUGAGGUCAGCAAGUACAACUUUAACUCUCCCGGUUUCGCCUCUGGCACCGGUCAUUUCACCCAUGUUGUUUGGAAGGGCACAAGGUCGGUCGGAUGCGCCAAGAGGGCCUGUCCCCGAUGGACAAUCUACAUCUGCAACUACGACCCUCCAGGCAACAUUGUCUCCUGGGACAACGCGUACUUCCGCGAUAAUGUCAGUCCUCGUUGGUAG